AUGAGACUGAUGAAUGUUAGAUAUACUUUAGGAAAGGUGUCUUUAAGUAGGCAAUUGUCAAUGUCGACACCUUUAUUGCAUAAUAAUACGAAGUUUACAGCUGCAUCAGAAGAUGAAAUGUCACACUUCAAUGCUUUGGCUUCAACAUGGUGGGAUGUUAAUGGUCCCCAAAGAAUAUUACACAAGAUGAACUUAUUGAGAAUGGAUUUCAUCCACGAUAAUAUAAGAUCACAUUUAAGGUUAAACAAACCAGGAACUCCACAAGAUGAAGAAAUUUAUAUUCCUCCUUACAAUGUUGAUUUGUUACCGAAACCCAUAAAAAAUAGAAUAUUGGUGGAACAAGAAUUAAAGAGAGAUGAAAUUUUAAACAACUCAAGGUUGAAGGUGUUGGACGUAGGUUGUGGAGGAGGAAUCUUAUCUGAAUCCUUAGCUAGGUUGAGUUUUAUCGAAAGUGUCCAAGGCAUUGAUUUAUCCACCGAAGUUUUGGAAGCUGCCAAGUUGCAUAAAACAAAAGACCCACUUCUUACGGAAUCUAAAAAGUUGAACUAUGAAUUGAAAGCUAUUGAGGAUUUACCACUUGAUGCGGAAUAUGAUAUAAUUACGAUGUUUGAAAUGUUGGAGCAUGUUACUUAUCCGUCUAGAGUCUUAAUAGAGGCUUUGUUGAGGGUCAAGGUUGGCGGAUGGGUAUUCUUAUCAACAAUAAAUAGAGAUUUUGUUAGUUGGUUUACUACUAUUUGCAUGGGAGAACAUGUAUUAAGAAUUGUUCCUGUGGGAACGCAUUCGUUAGACAAAUAUAUAAAUCAAGAGGAAAUAAAGAAAUGGAUGGAAGAGGAUCCAGAAAGAAAGGAAUGUUUUGAUGUUGUCGAUGCUAAGGGUUGUGUUUAUUUGCCUGCGUACGGAUGGAAGUUCACAAGCAGUCCUAACGUAGGAAAUUACUUUAUGGCAAUCCAAAGAAAAAAUUAA